ACCGGCCGGCCGCCGGCCACACGCCCGCCCGCGCCCGGGGACAGCGCGACCGUCACCCCGCGGCGCCCCGCGCGCCCGCGCAGCUGUGGACAUGGAGGAAAGGCCUCCCCAGAGCCUCGCCAAGGCGGGGAACGCCGUGUCCCCAUCCCCCUCGGUGGCCCAGCUGGCCGGGCGCUUUCGGGAGCAGGCGGCUGUCUCAGCGAAGGAGACCCCGGCCAGUAAGCCCACCCGGAGGAGGCCGCCCUGCUCCCUGCCCCUGCUCCCCCCCAGGCUGGAGCUGGGCCAGAACGGGGAGGAGAAAUCUCCACCCAGCGUGAACCACGGCCCUAAAGUCAAGGUGAAGAGCUCACCCCUCAUUGAGAAGCUUCAGGCCUCCUUGGCCUUUGAUCCCACGGCCCUGCUGCCCGGAGCCUCCCCCAAAAGCCCUGGGGUGCAGGCGGCGCUGUCUCCGUUCCAAAGCCCCCCCUCCACACCCGGCAGCCCCGGGGAGGUGCCCGUCAGCUUCGACCAGCCGCCGCCUGAGGGCAGCCACCUGCCCUGCUUCAACAAGGUGCGAACCAAAGGCUCCAUCAAAAGGCGCCCCCCUUCCAGACGAUUCCGCAGGUCCCAGUCGGACUUCGGGGACCUGGCCAACUUCAGGGCCCCGGAGCCGGCGCAGGAGAACGGCUCCAAGGAGGAGAACGGGGACGCGGCGCCCCCCCGCCCCUGCCGGGUCCCCGGACGAGGGGCUGCGCGGCGGCGGGGCGGGGGAGAAGUCGGGGUCCCCAGAGGAUCUCCCUCUGAGGAGGACGCCCAGCCGGACAGAGCAAACGGGCCUGGGGGUCCCCCCGAGGUCGAGCAGCCGAAACAGGCUGCAGAAACGCAGGAAGAGGAGGAGGCGCCCCCAGAGAGGAGCCCGGAGGAGGGGGCUGAGCAGGAGGGCUCCCCAAACCCUCCCGGAGGAGGGGAGGGUGCCCCCAGCCCGGAGCAGGGGAGAAGCGAGGAGCAGUCAGAGAAGGGGUCCUCGCCCGAGCCGGGAGGCAGCCCCUGCCCGCCGGAGGCCAGCGGGGAGCAGACAGAGGAUGACUCUUCUGCUAAGGACACAGAAAUGUGAGUGACAAACCACAGCUUGAGUCUCAUCACCCCGGGGCUGCCGGCCACACUCUCGGACAGGAAACGGAGGGGCAUCCUGCAGCGUCUGGGGGCGCAGAGACCCCAGAACUGGCCUCCCCGGGCCUCAAUGGAAAGGCAACUUAUUUAAAACAACCGACUGUAACGAAAACGCCCCCCAGACACCCCUUUCUCAGCCUGUGGGCCCCGAUCCCCCCAGCCCCCCUCCACAGUUGACCUCAGAACUGGACUCCGCUGGAUAGCCCUGACCCCUGCUGUGUCCCGCUAGAGCGGUGGCCUGUCCACGGGGCUCAAGUCACCGCAAAUGGCCUUCGAUACCAUGUAGCAACUGAUGCAAAUCUCUUAGGAAACACAGUACCUUAAGUGGCUUCGAGACUCUUGAGACAACCUUCUCGGUCUGGCCCAAACCGUCCCAGUUGUCGAAAGCUUUGGAAACGCGCAAAUGAGUAUGUGUCUCUCCCAACUGCAGUGAACACCCCUGCUCCCCGGAAUGCAGAGCCCCAGGCCCCGGAGGGAAUGUUCGCCCUUACGGCAGGUGACCUGGAGUCAGGUCGAGCUAUUUCUAGGAGGUGCUGGGAGACCCAGAGGCUGUGCGGGCACAGGGUCCGAGCCUCAGUCCCCGGGUGCAAGUAGUGGCCCUGCCUGAAUUUAUCUCCUGAGAAAGCUUCACCCUCACGGGUUUCACCUUGGGGCCAGAGCGAUAGCCCAGCGGGGAGGGCGUUUGCCUUGCAUGCAGCCAACCUGAGUUCGAUUCCCGGCAUCUCAUAGGGUCCCCUGGGCACUAGCAGGAGCGAUUCCUGAGUGCAGAGGCAGGAGGAACCCAAGAGCAUCACUAGGUAUGAACCAAAAGCAAAAAGGAAGAGAAGAAGCUGUUUCGCCUUUAGUCCUCUGAGUAUUUUUUAGCAUCUUUCCGAGUAUUUCGGAGGAAUAUUCUGAGUACCCGAGUACCCCACUCAGAGUACUUCAGCGUCCUUCAUCGUAUUUCUGAGUAUUUCAAUCGUCUUCCAAUGACUAACUGAAUGGAUGCAGCCGAAUGGGUGGAUCUUUCUAGAAAAUCAUCCGUCUUCACCUCCCCUAACUUCAAAAAAUCGUCUACAAAGGUCUAACGCCGUCACGGGUCAAGUGAAUAUUGGGGAUUUUAUUCUCUACAAAACAGUUUUGAACUUGUAGUACAGUGUCUCCAACAUGUAACCCAUCAAGAGCGCGCGUGUAAUCGGCGUUGCGUUUUUUUUGCAGAGGCGCGCGCGCGCGUGUGUGACUGUGUGUCUUGUGUGUGACCGUCAAAUAGUCGAUCAUCUGUUUGCCAUUGCCAUUCUCACUUCCUCCCUCUCUCACCUGUACAUCUCUCUAAGGAUCUUUUUAGCAAUACAUGGUUUGCGAUACUUGGUC